GCAGGACACCAUGCGAGUCCCUGCAGCUUGCUGCUGGCCUCCACGCUUUCGGGUUUGCGUUCCAGCAGCUGGAACACAACACAGAACCUAUUACCUGCUCCGUCCUGCUGCCACUUCCGGGUGCCGUUAGCCGGGAGCAGUGUGUGCGGCUGCUGGGCUCGAGCUGUGUGUUAGUGGAAACGAUGUGACAGGCACACCUGUUUCCACUGCCAUUUGCUGUGUAUUGCCGGACAGAGCUGCCAGGGUGGUCAGAGGUGAAGCUGCUUAAUCACCAGCGUAAGGCUGUUCUAGCUGUAACAUGGGAAAGGAUGAGGGUAUUCCAGUAAGAGUCGCUCUGAGGUGUCGUCCUUUGGUGCCUAAAGAAAUGAAUGAAGGCUGCAAGACGUGUCUUACGUUUGUUCCAGGUGAACCUCAGGUGAUUGUUGGCACAGAGAAGUCGUUCACAUAUGACUAUGUGUUUGAUCCAACAUCUGAGCAGGAGGAGGUGUAUAGCACUGCUGUAGCACCACUCAUUAAAGGGUUGUUUAAAGGAUACAAUGCAACAGUGCUUGCAUAUGGACAGACAGGAUCAGGGAAAACCUUCUCAAUGGGAGGAGCUUACACUCAUGACCAGGAGAAUGAGCCAGUUGUGGGAGUCAUCCCAAGAGUUGUCAAAGCUCUGUUUAAAGAAAUUGAACAAAGGUCAGACUGGGAAUUUCUUUUGACAGUGUCCUACUUGGAGAUUUAUAAUGAAGACAUACUCGAUUUGUUGUAUUCUUCUCGGGAUAAAACGAGGCCUCCGAUUAAAAUCCGUGAAGACCCCAAAGAAGGCAUUAAGAUCUGUGGGUUGACUGAGCGUGAUGUAAAGACUGCCUUGGAUAUGAUAUCUUGCUUGGAACAAGGAAACAGCUGUCGCACUGUUGCUUCUACAGCCAUGAAUUCGCAGUCUUCUCGAUCACAUGCUAUCUUCACUAUCUCUAUAGAGCAGAGGAAUGAACAAGAAAAAAACAACAGUUUUCGUUCUAAAUUUCAUCUUGUUGAUCUGGCUGGGUCUGAAAGACAGAAAAAGACAAAAGCAGAAGGGGAUCGUCUAAAGGAAGGUAUCUCUAUUAACCGUGGCUUAUUGUGUUUGGGCAAUGUCGUCAGUGCUUUAGGAGAUGACACAAAGAAAGGUGGCUUUGUGCCAUACAGAAAUUCAAAGUUAACUCGUCUUCUACAAGAUUCCCUGGGAGGUAACAGCCAUACCCUCAUGAUUGCUUGUGUUAGUCCUGCUGAUUCUAACAUGGAGGAGACUUUAAAUACUCUUCGGUAUGCAGACAGAGCCAGAAAGAUCAAGAAUAAGCCUAUAGUGAACACGGACCCACAGGCUGCAGAACUUCACAGAUUAAAGCAGCAGGUGCAAGAACUGCAGGUCUGUUUGCUACAAGCCCAUGGAGGAACAUUACCUGUCUUGACAAACAUGGAACCAUGUCAGAAUUUGCAGUCUCUUAUGGUGAAGAAUAAAACUCUGGAGGAGGAAAAUGGAAAGCUGAGUAGAGAACUGAGUGAGGCUGUAGAACAGAUUAUUCUGACUGAGCAGAAGAAUGAUAAACUGCUAAAUAAGAUGGAAGAGUUAAGGCAACAUGCAGCAUGCAAGGUUGACUUACAGCAGUUACCUGAGACCCUAGAAGACCAGGAGCUAAAGGAGAACUUAGAGGUCAUUCGGAACUUAAAUCAAGUCAUUGUGCACCUUCAGGAUGAAAGCUCCGGAAUUGCUGAGUCUAUUGAAGCAGUGGCUGAGUGUGUGACAGAUUCUCGGCAGUCUGAAAAGUGUGAGUGGAUCUGGGUUCUUCAAGUCCUCUGUGUGGUCCUGUUUACCUUGAUAUGGAUGUAUGUUACCCUGAUCCCCAAAAAUGACAUACACAGUUUCAAUGAGGAAAUCUUCCGACUCCUGGGCUUAUGGCAAGAUUGGUCUAUUGUGCUGAUCACAGUGACUGCUGUUCUACUCACAUAUUUCCUCUUACUGCUGGAGAUUCUGGUUACCCUGCACGCUCCUGGCUACUGACUCCCAUUUCCAAACCAUCUCGGAGGCAGGAUUUUUUGUAUAAUAAAGCGCACAUUGCAAGUAGAGCAAUAAUAGAGCGUACAUUUGGUAUUCUCAAAAGAUUUCGUUGCCUGGAUAAGUCAGGAGGCACCCUACUAUACAGUCCGCAUAAAGUCUGUCAAUUUUUUUUAAGAUGUUGUGUCCUGCACAAACAUAUGCCUGCACCACAGACUACCCACAGUUGUCAGACGCCUAAAUCAUCCUAACCCUGAAAUAACAACUGACGGAGAUGAGGAAAUAAGGGGGUGGCGAAAGAGGCACGAGAAAACCUAUUUUGCUAAAUAAAGUCUACCAUGCUCAUUUUAGCACAGCCAGGUAGUACUGGUUAUAUAUGGUCUUUUUAAUGGUUAAUCCAGAGGGCAUUUUAUUUGGUGUAGUGUUUAUUGGCAAAAGUAAUUUUACAUUGGUUUAAUGUGUUUUUUGGCAAAAAAUGUAAUCCUGUAUUUGUUCAACUUUGUAAAAUCUUUCAAAGAUACUAUAUAUUAUUUCUGGAAAAAUGCUUUGAUCUGCAGUAAUCACAUUUAUUCUGUUGUCUCACCUUUUUUUAAUGUUGAAUACCAGUAUGUUAGGAACCAUUUUAAAAAGUUUUUUUACGUACUAACUCUGGAAAUGUUAAGGGGUAUAUACAAUUGAAGUAGGAAGCUGCCGUCUGUCGAAAAGACGGCAGUUUUCAACUUUUUUAGAUCUUAAGGGGUUCCGACCUAUUCAAUCUUACCCCAAAUUAUUCGACAAGUCGAGGAAUUCGACUUGUCAAAAAGCACGUGGAUUGGUGGAAUAGCUGCCGAUCCGCGUGCUUGUGUCGAAAACGGAGCCAAAACCGAAAGGUUUUGGCACCCUUUUCGACCAUCUCAAUUCGACUUUUAAAAAAGUCGAAGUGAGAUGCUGGAGCAGAGAUGGGGAGAGCCGCGGGCAGAUGGGGAGAGCAUCGCUGGAG